GGGGUGACGGAGAGGUAAGAUUUAUAUAUUAUUUACUGUGCUUUAGUUGCGCAUGUCAGAAACUCUGUGCCAGCAGAGCCCAGGUCUUCUCCCUGCAACUCCUGUCCAAAGCUCCUCUAUGUGGCUUUGUCCUCAGGCUCACCCAUGGGGUGACAAAAUCUUGCAGCAAGUGCUUGGAAAAGGGUCAUCCUGGUAGCGCCCACACUAGCCCUGGGCCAGGUGCUUGCUGAUUGUGGACCAGCUCCGGUUAAGAAGUUGAGGUGCUCCAGGAGGGAUGUUGGGAUCAACAUCGAGGUGCUUCCAUCGAGGUGCGACAUCAGUGGAGAGAAACAGGUACCAUUAAUCCUGAGGAUGCUGCUCCUCAUUGCAGUCACAGGUCUGACCAUCCAGCUCUGAGGCAGCAACAGCAGUUUCCUGCAAGCACAGCUGAGACGUCCUGUGCCUUCCUGGCUGGAGGGACUUCGGUGUGCUUAUGCUGUAAUUUCUGAUCACUUAAAAAUAUAGAAACAUUUUUUUCAUACUUGGGCCUUUCGCACUAUGAAUUUGACAGUGAAUAACCCCAUACCUUCCAAUUUGAAAUCGGAAGCAAAAAAGGCUGCUAAAAUUCUAAGAGAAUUCACAGAAAUAACUUCCAGAAAUGGACCUGAUAAAAUCAUUCCUGCCCAUGUGAUCGCUAAGGCCAAGGGCCUAGCCGUUCUGUCUGUGAUAAAGGCUGGGUUUUUGGUGACGGCUCGAGGAGGCAGUGGGAUUGUGCUGGCUCGUCUUCCCGAUGGAAAAUGGUCAGCACCCUCAGCCAUCGGGAUCGCGGGGCUUGGCGGAGGAUUUGAAAUAGGAAUUGAGGUGUCGGAUUUGGUUAUAAUUUUGAAUUAUGACAGAGCAGUAGAAGCUUUUGCAAAAGGUGGUAACCUAACCCUUGGAGGGAAUUUUACUGUGGCAGUCGGGCCCUUGGGAAGAAAUUUGGAAGGAAAUGUGGCCCUGCGCAGCUCUGCCGCCGUCUUUACAUAUUGCAGGUCCAGGGGGCUCUUUGCUGGGAUAAGUUUAGAAGGCAGCUGUUUGAUUGAAAGGAAAGAAACGAAUCGAAAAUUUUAUUGUCAAGAUAUUCGAGCUUAUGAGAUUUUAUUUGGAGACAUACCGCGGCCUGCUCAAGCCGAAGAUCUGUAUGACAUUCUUGAUUCCUUCACUGAAAAGUAUGAGAAUGAAGGACAGCGGAUCAACGCAAGGAAAGCCGCCCGGGAGCAGAGGAAGGCUUCGGCUAAAGAAUUACCUCCAAAACCGUUGUCAAGACCACAGCAACCAUCUCCACAAGGCCAUCUGAGCUCUGGCUCUCAAAGUAACAGAAACGAAUAUAAGCUCUACCCUGAACUUCCCCGCUAUCACGAGAGAGUUGGUAAUUCUAGCCAACCCAUAGAAGUGACAGCGCUGUAUUCUUUUGAAGGGCAGCAGCCGGGGGAUUUGAGAUUUCAAGCUGGAGACAGAAUCACAGUUACAUCAAAAACGGAUUCACAUUUUGAUUGGUGGGAAGGAAGGCUUCGAGGUCAGACUGGCAUUUUUCCAGCCAACUAUGUUACCAUAAACUAAACUUUAUAUUAUCUUCUUUGAGAA